UAUACGUAAAAUUAAAUGAUUAAAUUGCAGAAUCAAUUUUUGCACUUUAUAAUAUAAAAUACAAUAUAAUGUAAUAAUUUUAUAGUGAGAUUAUAAUGAUUUAUUUCAUGAUAUAUCAAUUUUUUUCUAAUAAGAACUAUUUGAAUUUUUUAAAAUGUAUAAAUUUAUAAUAACUUGUCUUUUUUAUUGUAUAUGAUUUUUUGAUCUUCUAAAUUAAAAUUGGCAUUAAUUAAUGUAUGCGUUACUUGGAAAAAUGUUGGAAGAUGAAAGGAAUGUUGAUUUAAUUGGUUAUGUUUGAUAAAUCCAAACAAUCAUAAAAAUUUACAAACAAUAUUAUAUAAUAUCGCAUCUACCUCCUGUAAUUCUAUAAUUUAGAAUAUAUAUACAUAUCGAGUCUAUCAGAAAUAACCAAUCACUUGCAUUUUUUCGUCUUCUAAAUGAGCGGUAUAUAUUGUUUUCGUCAGUGUUUACAUGAUUUAGGUUAUAAACGUAUUGAUAUAUGUAUGUUUUCAAACACGUAUUGAAACAAAGAAAAAUAAAAACAAGUGAAAAAUAUUGUUCUAUUGAAAUUAUAUAUAAAAAUGAAUAAUUCGAAGAAAAGAAAAGCUGCAAAAGCAAAAAACGUUAAGCAAAAAACUAAUAACAGUAAAGUAACAAAUAGUGAAAUGAUAACAAUAAAUCAGCAAGAAUCGAAAUUAAAUACAAAGUGGACUAAUAGUGAUAAAAAAACAUUAUUAGAAGCUUUAAAAAAAUAUGGAUCUGAAAAUAUUGAAGCUAUAUCAAAAAUGUUACCAAAUAUAACUUUUGAAGAUAUUAGAUGGAAAAUUGCUGAAUAUUCUGAAAUGGCAGAAUACUUCUAUGAACAUAAAUUAAUAAACAACUGGAUAAAUUGUGGACUGUUUGAAUCUGAAGAUAGUUUUGUACCAGAAGCAUUAUUAUUUAUACAUUUAUUUGAAAAGCAUCCAUCUCCCUCUGAAACAGAAGAUUUUGAUUUUAGAGCAAUAUAUAGCUUCCUUUAUCGCUCGUGUCUGGAGCCAGUAUCAUAUUUUGAUUUAUCACCAAAAGAUAGAGAUUUACUAUGUAUUUUGUUAUCAAGAUUAGAACACAAGAUAUGGCCAAAACAGCAACAAGAUAUUUGGGAAUAUGUUGGUAAUACAUACAAUAAAAGAUAUAUAAAAAAAGUAUAUCCAGGAAAAAAGUUUCCAGGACAACUUUUAUAACAUUAUAAUUGUGUCUUCAUUAUACAUUCAUAUGUAGUAUGUAUUUAAUGUUUGAAUAUAUCUUUUACUAUAAUAGAAAAAGAUUUUCUUUAUUUAUAUAACAUGAAUGAAUACACAUUUCUGUUUAAUAAGAUAACUUAUUUUUUAUGCAAUAGAUAUCUUAAAAAUAUCUCAUAUUAAAGGUUACCUUAUGUAAAUU